CUUUCAGCCCGCACACUGGAGCCACAUGCUUCGAUGGACAAGAUCACGCGUUACGACUGGCCUUGGGCAUGUAUUCCGCCACUACAAUCCGUAUGCGCGGGCGCCUCCUGCGCUGGGAUCGAAACAGGCGCUGGAGCAGAUGCCGGCAGACGUGGCGAGCAAGAUGACGACGCCAGAGGAGGCGCUCGACGCCCUGGGCAAGCCGCAGCAUGUGGUGACGGCAAUGGCAGCGUGUGAGCCGCAUGGCUUUUUCUCACAUGUCCACGAGGCGGCACGGGCCAACGGAUGGCACGGGACCCGGAUCCAGUGCGCCAACCCGUCCGAGGCGUAUCCGUGCUUUGUCGACGAGGAUCUGGUGGGCAAGCUCAAGGUGGAGGUCAUGUUCCUCACGCCAGCCACGCGCAAGCUGCAUGGCCGCGAUCUGGUGCACUACAUCCCGCAGCAUCUCUCGCAGUGGACACGCAAUAUGGAUAAGCCCGAUGUGUUCUGGGGCACAUGCUCGCUGCCGGAUGAGCGUGGGUUUGUCUCUCUCGGGCCAGCGGCGGUGUACGAGCCGGAGGCGCUGGACAUGGCCAAGGUGGUGGUACUCGAGAUCAACCCGCACAUUCCUUUCACUACUGGGGGGACGGUGGUCCACACCCGCGACGUCAACAUGUUCGUGACCUCGGAGCGGAAGCCGAUCACCAUUCCGGCAGCCAAGGCCGAUGCUAUCGACACCCGGAUCGCCGAGUACGUGGUCGACCUGGUGCCCGACGGGGCUACCAUUCAGCUCGGCAUCGGCGGCAUUCCCAAUGCUAUUGCCACACUGCUGCGGAACAAGCGCGAUCUUGGCGUUCACACCGAGAUGAUGAACGACUCGAUGCGCGAGCUGUACGAGGCAGGCGUCAUCACUGGAAAACACAAGACGUCGGAGCGCGGAGUCAUGACCGCCUCGUUUGCGCUCGGCACGGCCGAGCUCUACCACUUUCUGCACCACAACCCGGUUGUGGCCUUUCGCGCCGGCUCGUGGGUCAACGACCCGUACGUCAUCGCCAAGCAGCACCUCAUGCGGUCGAUCAACACCGCAGUCGAGAUCGAUGUCACCGGGCAGGUCUGCUCGGAGAGCGUCGGUCACCGUGAGCUGUCAGGCGUCGGCGGCGCCGCCGAGACACACAUCGGCGCGCAGAUGUCGCGCGGCGGGCGCGGCAUCAUCGCCAUGCGCUCAUCGGCCGCGCUCGCCGACGGCUCGCAUGUCUCGAAGAUUGCCUUUGAGCUCCAGCGUGGCGCCAAGGUCUCGGUCUCGCGCAACGACAUCGACACUGUGGUGACCGAGUAUGGCGUCGCCGCCCUCCGCGGCAAAAGCGUUGCCGAGCGGGUCCAGGCCCUUGUCGCCAUCGCACAUCCGCGAUUCCGGGACGAGCUUUUGCAUCAGUCGCGAGAGGUGGGCUACUUGUAGCGCAGCGGGAUAAUGCCGCCCCAGUGAACAUCCGAGCCUGCUG